CAUUUAACAUAGCUGUCAUGUUUUGCACUGUGGGAGAAGGCCGGAGUACCUGGAGAGAACCCACACACGCACAGGGAGAACAUGCAAACUACACACAGGCAGACCCUGAGCACUGUUCGAACCAAGACCUUCUUGCUGCAAGGCAACAGUGCUACCAGCUACACCACCACGCGCCCCGUCUACACAUCCAGAUACUGAUUAAAAGUUUCAUCUCAUGAAUUACAGAACAAAGAAGAAUGAGGAAAAUGACAACACCAGCUAUGCAAAAAUGUACAAACCAGUAAGAAUGAGAUGUUACUGAGUUGGUGCAAUCAGAAGCUGAGCAGCUUCAGCUGAAAAUUGGAGUUUGCCUCUGUGGGAAGUGAGAUGAUUUUUGUUUCAGUCAUCAGAUGCACUGUGAUGGACUGUUGUGUUAUACUCCACCUCUCUCUGAUGACCACUGGAGAUGGGCUCCAGAUCCCCCUCCCCCUUCUUGGAACGUCAGAGCAGGAACCCACAGAGGACUGGGGGAUCUUCUGAUGUGGCGACACUGCCACCGUGUGGCCUGAGAGCACAACUGCAGCAGUUGAGAGCCAAUCCUUUUCUGAGGAUCUGUGGGGGAACAUUCCUAAUCACUUCUACUCUCAGCUGAUUCAUUAUCUCCCAUCCUGACUGAAAACAAAACAUUUGCUUUUACGCCCUGUCUACCAAAGUAAGUUGCAAAGAAGGAGCUUAAAGAAGCAGGAGAAAUGAUAGACCCUGAUGAAGUUACCCAUUAACAUCUGUCUUAAGAUAGGUGGCAUUAUGGUAUGCCCUGCAACCUUUGCCCAGCAACUGACUUUAUUAUUUCAGAAAGGUGCAGAAGAGGAAGACAGAAAGAGAAGUUGCUCUAGCAGACGGCUGCUUCAUUGUGAAACUGCUUCUACGCAGGUUUGGGUCUGGAACAGAAACCAAAAUGGCUAAAUGCAGCCGCUGUGUCUUUGUGAGACUGUUUCUCUGUGUGGCUUUCUUCUCAAAUUCACAAUCUGCCACCAUAUUUGACGUCCAGAACCUCAAAGGAGCCCAGAGGCAUCUUCUGGUGGAGACAGAACAUCCCCUACUUAGUAACGAUACUUCAACUAAGGCAGACAACUCAAGCGGGAGCCCCAAAUCCCUGCAGUGGUCCUAUCUGGCAGCAGGACUGGGCACGGUCCUCACCCUCUCCCUCCUGGUGGUGGCGGCCGUGAGGUUCCGGCUCUUCCACCGCUUCUUGGCCAGCUACAGGCACUCCCUGCUCCAAGAGGCCGACGGGGUCAGCCAGUACGGCCAGGAGGACGCCUCGUACCCCAACGUGACCGGUCAAAUGGGAGCAGUGGGAGGCACCCAGAGGGGCAUGGAGGAUGACGACGACGGCUUCAUCGAGGACAACUACAUCCAAACCAGCGAGAAAGACAGGGCGGAGAGAGAGACCAGGGAGGUGGAGGGGGUGGAGGAGGAAGACAGCGAUGAUGACGAGCUGCACUUCUCCAUUGGCUGACGAUCAACCGGAUUACUGAAAAACCACUGGUUAACGACCGAGUUUAACUUUUUCUGUCUGUGGCUUAGGAGCCUUUACACAUAAUUGGACCAGACCUGAACAUGUGAGUUACCGUCCAUUUGAUGAUAGUUUGCAAUCCAUGCAUUUACCAUUCAACCCAUGGCAUGAGGACGGUGACUUUGCUCAGUUUGAAACAAGCAGCUCAUUAAAAUGAUUCAGCCAAGUUGCAGCACACUGCUGAACCAGCCACAGAACCUUUAUCAGACUGGGAAGGCCAGUUUUGACCUCAGUGGAGUUUUAUUUGACAAGCCACCAACAUGACUACUGGGUGAGGCUCUUUAAAUCUGGUUAUAAAGUUGAUGCACUUGCAGUUGUUGCAUUCCUUGUAUGUACUUUGACCUCUAACUACUUUUGUAAAAAUGCUCAAUCUUUCCCAUUGUCGCCCAGUUAAAUAAUUUUAUUUGAAGGUGUCAUUUUCAACUCUUGCCUUGAAGAUUAAUGCAGCGGUCCGUAGGGAAUCACACAAAGAGUUGUUUAUGCUUUGGUCAAAUUAUGCAGCCUAAACACUUUGAAAAAUUGUAAUGCACGUCAAAAACAUAAAGAUGUACUUUCAGUCUCAUUUAAAUAUCCAGCCUAGGUGAUUACGAUUUAAUAAUGUAAAAAUCAACACCACUCCGUCAUCUUUGUUAUAUUCUCAUUGAUCACAUGUAUUGUUGCCAUCAUGCUUAAAAAAUCUUCUGUGUGAAUAAAUUCGUUUAGACCAAAGUAUUUAGUACUGACCUUUUUCAUCAGGAGAACUCAUUAAACACGUGAUGCAGCCGUGUUUUUGUCCGAGUCACAUUUCAUUUUACUUACAGUGCUGGUAAAAAAGAAAGUACAUCCCUGGGUCAGGACAUCACAAGACUAAUCUGCUCAUUCAGGUUCUAAACUGAAAUGGACAAAAAGCACACAACGGAUCCUGCACUGUCAUUGUUUAUUUGAGAAAUCAGAGAUGGAACGGUGGAGAAGAACGAGUGGAGGUGAUUCAACAGGUUGUGUAAUUGUGGGAGAUAAUCACGUCCAGAUCCUGGCAGCUGGAAGUAGGUGUCUGUUCUCCGAUAUGCUAUGUUUAGGUUUUGUUUCACACAACACUGCAACAUGGUCAAAUGUCUAUAAUGAGAUCAAGUGGCUGUUAUCUGUAGGAUUUUGUCUGUUUUAGUCCAAUCUUCUUUACAACAAGCUGAGGUUUGUAAUUUAGUGAAUCUUGCAGACAUCCCUUUCUGCGUGGGUCAUCACAACAUUUUGAUUCUUCUUCCAGAAGUCCUUUAGUUCAUUCAGAUGCAACUGUGCAAACCUAAGUCAUUCGGACAAUUUUUUUACAGAACCCCUCCAAACAAAUCACUCCUUUUUACUCCUUCUAAUUGUCCAAUUAUAAACUUUUACAUAAAAACUGUGGCCCAUAAAGGUUUAGGUGUAGCACUGCUGGGAAGUCAACUCCUUGGACGAUUGGCAAUUGUCAUAAAUGCUUCCAAAUUGUGACAGAUUUUUUCUCUCUGCAGAUAAAAUUUGACU